AUGCAUAUUUUCCAAGAAAAAGGAUCCAUAUCAGUUUCGUUGUCUCCUGUUGCUACAGUUUCUGCUAUGGCCGACUGGGAAACAGCUUUCUAUGUCAUCCUCAACACUGGUCCAGCGAUUCUUGGCAGUUGUGCCAACCUCCUGAUAAUAAUUUCAUUCUUUGCGGUUAACACGUCAAGACAACCGACAGAGAUCCCUCUUGUAAGUCUGUCGCUGGCAGAUUUCCUGGUGUGUUCAGUUUACCAGCCUCUUUUGGUGCUCAGGUUCAUAAAUCUCAGCAUAAGUCCAAUUUACAUGUCAUCCUUUGGCUACGUUGUAAUGACCGCCUCAAUGACCGGUUUAUUGGUUGUGAAUUUCGAUCGUUUUUCAGCCAUUUAUUUUCCUUACAAGUAUAUGACUUGGAUGACUGAGAAAAGGACUAUUUGGCUCGUGACGGUUUCGUGGGUGAUAUCUCUCUCCAGUGGCUUGCUAAUUGUAAGCAAGUUUUCGGUUGCCUCACGUAUCACCCAUUCGUACAUUAGCCUUAUAAUCGUUUUGGUUCCUCUCAUGUAUGGUGUCAUCUAUAAAGAGGCAAGAAAGCAGGCGCGACGCAUCGUCAGUGAUUCCCUGCCUUCUUCGCAGAGUAACCUUCCAAAUCGACGUAAUACGAUCGACAAGGCCACCAUGAUGGUUGGGCUGGUGUUGGUGACAACCUUGGCGUGUUGGAUGCCAGUGACUCUGAUUCCACUGCUCCAAUCAACCUUUAACACUGAGGAAGAAUUUGAGAAGGCUUUUUGGUGGUGUCUCACGGUGGCUUGUGCCAACUCCUGCGUCAAUCCAUUUAUCUACGUUUACAUGCUCACGAAAUUUCGCCGCAGUGUCGGGAAAUUAAUUCACUUGACCCACGAACGUACCCUUGGCAGCACUUUUUAUUUAUCAGCUCUGUCCUAUUGCCUCUCGCACUCUCUUCUGUGUUUUUAA